AUAGAUAUGAUUUUUUUUUUCCUUUGGGUUGACUAGACAACAUACCUUUCCAAACCAAACUUGCCUCAAAUCUUUUCAGGAUAAAACUAAAAUUAAGAGUUCAAAUCCAACUACCAUUCCCAUCGGUGGACGCCAUUGCCGGUCGCUUGAUCUUUAAAAAAGAAGAAAAUUAUUGAGAUUUGCCAAUGGGUAAUGCAAAUGGAAGAGAAGAAGAAGGAAGCAAUAAUAGUAUAGGUAAUGCAGCAGAUUACCUUACAGCUAAUGUAAAUCACCCACAUCCACGAUCAUAUCAACAUGGUCAUAAUAAUUCUUCAGAAUCUAUGUCUAAUUCACCGCCUGAGAGUCCUCGUCGUUCUCGAUCGCCUCUUAUGUUCACUCCUCAGCUUCCUGUGGCUCCUUUGGAUAAGGAUGAUGGCAGUUUUUUUCAUAAUGGUAUGUGGCAGACACAGUGGCCUGGAGCUGCUGAUCAGCCACCUGAAAAAGGCAUUCCUACUGUGAUCAUUUGGAAUCUUGGAGGUAAUAAUGUUGCUGUGGAAGGUUCCUGGGAUAAUUGGACAUCAAGGAAGACUCUGCAAAGAUCAGGCAAGGAUCAUGCUAUUCUUUUAGUUCUACCAUCAGGCAUUUAUCAUUACAAAUUUAUCGUUGAUGGUGAGGCACGGUAUACACCAGAUCUACCUCAUGUUUCAAGUGAGAUGGGACAUUAUUGUAAUGUCCUUGAUGUUCAUGACUAUGUACCAGAAAGCCUAGAUAGUGUAGCUGAAUUUGAGCCGCCACCAUCACCAGACUCGAGUUAUAGUCAUUCAUUUCCAGAUGAAGAUGAUUUUUCAAAGGAGCCAAUGAUAGUACCGUCCCAGCUACAGUUGAGAGUCCUUGGCAUACAAAGUUCAGAUGAAGCCCCAUUGUCGAGGCCCCAACAUGUUAUGCUGAACCAUCUUUUUAUAGAAAAAGGGUGGGCUGCCACUCAGUCAGUAAUUGCUCUUGGUUUGACCCAUAGAUUUCAAUCAAAAUAUAUCACUGCUAUCCUAUACAAGCCAUUAAGAAGGUAAAAAUUGGCCCCUUUUUGUGUUUUUUUCUUUCUUUUUCCCUUCCAAUCCCUUUGGUUUAAUUUCGAGUUUUCCCCUUCCCUUUGUAUUUCCUCAUUUGGGUGGGUGUCAAUACCAUGUAAAGUACAUGAACGUGUGAAAUUAAAACUGUUAAUAGUGAACACAUACUCGUCUCAUUACAUUUCUUUGUAUGGUUAGCAAUUUUUGAAC